CAUUUGCCCUCAGCGCUGCCGGCACACGGCGCUGCUUUAAAGCACGAGUGGGGCGACAGGAACUUUCCCCAUGGGAAACGCUGCGUGUGUUCUGAGGAGGCUGUUGUGGCUGUUACGGGUGGACGGGCAUUCUCCUUUGAUGUGAUGGUUCUUCUUUGACUAUGGAUUCUUCCUCUGGCAAAAAUGUGUCCACACCUGAAGAUUCCUUCUAGUUGGCUAUGCAGAAAGCUUACUGUGAUCGUGGGCAAGAAAGAGGGACUCAGCUGCUAGGGAAGUACUUCACUCUUCAUUAUGCUCACAGAGUAGAAGGGGAAUGUAGCAGCAGCUUACUUCUAAAGCUACAUACGACACUAGUGUUUUAGGGAAAACAACCACGAAUCUGUGGCAUAAAUGGUCACUUCUAGUAAAGAAAGGCGAGUUUGAAGACGCAACAUUUUCAGACUGGAUUAUGCGAUAUUAUACAGACGUACCCCGGUGAAUUUACACAAGAAACGGAAACGGCUAAGGAAGGUGAGAUCACUGGGAACUGCCGGUCAUGUAUGUGUGAAGAAGUUAACACUGGGGAAGAAGAUGGUGAUGAUGACAAUGAUGAUGAUGAAGAAGAGGAGGAAGAUGAAGACUGGGACUGGGAUGAUGAGGUUGGAAGACUCACGAAGCACCACAGUGCUGCUGGUGGAUGCAAUCCACAGGCAAAUAGACAGACCCCUAGCUGCAAUUCAGCAAAAAUGUCUACCCCUACAGACAAGGCUUUAAGGAAAUUUGAACAUAAAAUUAAUUUAGAUAAGUUAAAUUUUGAUGACUCUGUUAUAAACAGAGUCAUGGAAAAGUCUAGACAGAAGGAAUCGGACAUGUACCGAGUCAAAGACAAGUCAGACAGAGCAACAGUAGAGCAGGUGUUGGAUCCAAGGACCCGAAUGAUUCUGUUCAAGAUGCUAACUAGAGGUGUCAUAUCAGAAAUCAAUGGCUGUAUCAGCACAGGGAAAGAAGCUAAUGUAUAUCAUGCUAGUACUGCGAGUGGAGAGAACAGAGCAAUAAAGAUUUACAAAACCUCUAUUCUGAUGUUUAAAGAUCGGGAUAAGUAUGUGAGUGGUGAAUUCAGAUUUCGUCAUGGAUAUUGCAAAGGCAACCCAAGAAAAAUGGUGAAAACGUGGGCUGAAAAAGAAAUGAGGAAUUUAAUAAGGUUGAAUACAGCCCAGAUACCUUGCCCAGAGCCAAUUAUGCUGAGAAGUCAUGUGCUUGUCAUGGGCUUUAUUGGUAAAGGCGAUAGGCCUGCUCCUCUGCUGAAGAAUGCUCAGUUGUCUGACUCCAAAGUCCGGGAGCUGUAUCUGCAAAUCAUCCAGUACAUGAGAAGAAUGUACCAAGAUGCCAGACUUGUUCACGCAGAUCUCAGUGAAUUUAAUAUGCUGUACCACAGCGGGGCCGCGUACAUCAUUGAUGUGUCUCAGGCGGUGGAGCAUGACCACCCACACGCGCUGGAGUUCCUGCGGAAAGAUUGUGCCAACGUUAACGACUUUUUCCAGAAGCACAAUGUUGCAGUGAUGACUGUGAGGGAGCUGUUUGAGUUUAUUACUGAUCCUUCUAUCACAAGUGAGAACAUUGAUGAUUAUCUGUCGAAGGCAAUGGAAAUAGCAUCGAAAAGAACAGAGGAGGAAAGAUCUAGUCAAGAUAAAGUGGAUGAGGAAGUGUUUAAGAAGGCUUACAUACCGCGAACUUUGACUGAAGUUAAAAACUACGAGAGAGAUGUGGAUAUAAUGAUGAAAUUGAAAGAGGAGGAUAUGGCAUUGAAUGUUCAGCAAGAUAAUAUUCUCUACCAGACUGUUACAGGACUGAAGAAGGAUUUGUCUGGUGUUCAGAAGAUUCCUGCACUUCUUGAAAAGAAAGCAGACGAGUCAGAAACAGACUCUGAUGAUGAUGGCAGCUCAGAGGACUCCGAUUCAGGCUGUAAAGAAUCUGUGCAUCCCAAAGAUAAACCUGCUGAAGUUAGCAUGGACAAAAAGGAACGGAAAAAGAUGGUUAAAGAAGCCCAAAGAGAGAAGAGAAAAACCAAAAUCCCAAAGCAUGUGAAGAAACGGAAAGAAAAGACUGCAAAAAUGAAGAAGGGCAAAUAAAAUCAGCUUUGGCUUGGGGAAAUGGAUGGUUUGUUGUGGGUUAUUUAGUCACCAUCUUCUUUCUUUUUUAAAAAUUAAAAAUAAUUUAUUUAUAUACA